UUUCCAAAAUAACAUUCUUUCUCUGUACCCACACAGCCGCCCUUCGUGACCGUCCGAUUUUAAAUCAGCGUUUCCGGUUCAUUUGACGGCAACUCUCUCUCUCUCUCUCUCUCUCUCUCUCUCUCUCUCUCUAGAAUUGAUGAAGAAAAGCAUCAAUCUUUUUUGAUUUUGAAAUUGAACAACACUAGUUCACGAGGGUUGACCUGUUUCGUUCGGUGGUGUUCAUAAAUCAUUUCUCUCUCUCUCUGUAAGGUCCCCGGAUUUGAUCUUCUUCGUUUCGAUCGAAGAAUUCGCCUUUAUUUCGAAAAUGGAUUUGGAUAGCAUGAUGGACUGUACAUCAACCAUGGAUGUGACAGAUGAUGAAGAGAUCCACCAAGAUCGCCAUUCUUCUUACGCUUCGGUUUCCAAGCAUCAUCAUCAUCAUACUAGUAGUAAUCACACCAACGUCAAUGCUGCUGCUUCUGGUCUUCUUCCCACCACCACCAGUGUUCAUGAGCUUCUCGAAUGUCCUGUCUGCACCAAUUCUAUGUACCCUCCCAUUCAUCAGUGCCACAAUGGACAUACUCUGUGUUCAACCUGUAAAACCAGGGUUCACAACCGCUGCCCAACUUGUAGACAAGAGCUUGGUGAUAUCCGUUGUUUGGCACUUGAAAAAGUUGCCGAAUCACUUGAGCUACCCUGUAAACACAUGUCACUUGGAUGUCCUGAAAUCUUUCCUUAUUACAGUAAGCUCAAACAUGAGACUGUCUGUAACUUCAGGCUUUAUAACUGUCCUUAUGCUGGAUCCGAGUGUUCUGUUACGGGCGAUAUCCCUUUCCUAGUUGCUCACCUGAGGGAUGAUCAUAAGGUUGAUAUGCAUUCUGGCUGUACUUUCAACCAUCGUUAUGUCAAGUCUAAUCCUCGUGAAGUCGAAAACGCCACAUGGAUGUUAACUGUCUUUCACUGCUUUGGUCAAUACUUCUGUCUUCACUUUGAGGCUUUCCAGCUCGGAAUGGCUCCAGUCUACAUGGCAUUCCUGCGUUUCAUGGGGGACGAGACAGAAGCUAGGAACUACAAUUACAGUUUAGAAGUGGGAGGUUAUGGUCGGAAGCUGAUAUGGGAAGGAACACCGAGAAGCGUAAGAGAUAGCCACAGGAAAGUUAGAGACAGUCAUGAUGGACUAAUUAUACAAAGAAACAUGGCUCUGUUCUUCUCAGGUGGAGAUAGGAAAGAGCUGAAACUCCGAGUCACUGGAAGGAUCUGGAAAGAGCAACAACAAAGUGGUGAAGGUGGAGGAGGAUCUUGUAUCCCAAACUUGUCCUGAAACUAAAAUGAAGAAAAAUCAAAUUGAUUUUGAAACCUCGCCGACUCGUCUGUGUCUCUGUAACCAUGUUUCUUGGUAGUGAUAUAUCUGUAAUUAGGGGUUAUUAUCUGACGAUAAACUUGUGUUGUUCUUAUACAUCUUUCUCUUUAUCAUGUCAUGGAGGGUUUUAUAUAUAUAGUUCAUUACAAUUCUGCUGUAUCUGAAAUAUGUAAAAAUGUUUAUAAUUUUUA